ACAAAAAAGGGUGAAAUUUGAAAAAAAAAUAAGGAGGUGGAAUAUCAAAGAUGGAAAAUCCUUUGAUAUUCCUCCUAAUCCUAUUAGGGCUUAUUAGUGCACCAAUAGAAGAAAUUGAUAUAAAUACGUCUGCUAUAAGUGACAAACUUAUUAUUGAUUUUUACAAAUCAACUUGUCCAAAUGCUCAACAAAUUGUUUCAGAUGUUAUUACCAAACAAUCACAAGAAAAUGAGGGUAUUAUUCCUGGUAUUAUCCGUCUUCAUUUUCAUGAUUGUCAUGUCACGGGUUGCGAUGCAUCAAUCCUUCUAACCCCGCAAAGAUACAAUAGUUUGAAUUCAGAAAUGGCUCACCCGGCAAACAGCAUAUCCUUAAGAGGGAUGGACGCGUUAGAGCAAGCAAAAGCAGAAAUUGAAAAACAAUGCCCAGGAGUUGUCUCAUGUGCUGACAUUCUAGCAUUUGCGGCUAGAGAUGCGGUGGUUUUAUCAGGAAAUCCAAAAUACGAAGUCCCUGCAGGACGUCGUGACUCCUUAGCUACUGAUGGAUCCCUUGCAAACGACCUGCCAAAAGGGAAUCGCACAAUAGAUGACUUGAUAAAGAGCUUCGCACAACGAGGGCUAUCCCGAGAGGAGUUAGUGGUGCUUGACGGAGCUCAUUCAAUCGGGCAAACCAGAUGCCUAAACACAAUCGCUGACAGUGAUUCAUUGGUUGGGCUAGACGAUGCAGCAAACUUAGUCGACAGAAAGUUUCAACAAAUGAUAAAGCGAAAAUUUUGUCCUGAAUCACAAAAAGAUUUAUUUUGGAAUAUGACAACGCCUUUAGUUCCUGCAAAGCCCGAUAUCUCGAAUUGGGGAGUCACAUACUAUGAAAAUAUGUUGAAUGGCAAGAGUUUGAUUCCAAGUGACAUUGCUUUAGCAGUUGAUCCUAGGACUAAAGAGAUUGUUGAAUAUUAUGCUUCUCAUCAUGCAAAAUGGCAGAAAAAGUUUAAUGAAGCAAUGAUCAAAAUGGGCAAGAUUAAUGUUCUUACAGGUGAUCAAGGCGAAAUUAGGAAGACUUGUCGAUGGAUUAACGCGGUUAAUACUGCUUGAUUAUGAGUCUAAACCUUCUUAAUCAUCCCCUCUCUUUUGUAUAAGUUCAUGUUUUAGUGUGCUGCAACAGAACAAAGAAACUAAUAAUCUUAGAUACAAUCUACUUUAAUUUGUUGCACCUUAGUUCGUUCCUUUUUCCAAAAAAGCUUCUAAUAAUCAUUUUAUUUCCGAUUUGUAAUGUAGAUGAUUUUGAAAUGCAGUACAAUUUUAGAAAUAUUAUUUUCUGUUAAAUUAACCAACCAAUAUAGUGACGCCAACAAAUACAUUUAGCAAAACCUUUA